GGACAAUCGGAAAUGGAACUACAAAUCAGACUGGAUCGGGAGAUACCUAUCUAUACAAACCAGGAUGCAGUGUCUGGCGAAGUCAUACUCUAUACAGAAUCGGCAAUCAGUGUCUCGACGAUCAACGCAACGUUAUCAGGCACAGCAACGUCCAGGUUGAACUCAGGAAAAGCAACAGAAGUUCAUCAUCUAUUUGAUAGGGCCCAACAAGUCUUUCCACCACAAGAAUUUAUCCAGAAUGUCAACUAUUCCAGCCUAACCGUUGGCUGCGGGAGACAUGCUUUUCCAUUUUCCAUUCCAUUCCCCCAGGUUUCAGAAUGCUACAAACCUGAUAUGUCUAAAAACCGAUCCAAAGCGCGAACCUGGCGGAGACCGACAGUCCAUCUACUAAGGAAACUUCCUCCCUCGACUGGACAGCGUGGAGAUGCUGCAGAAAUCAACUACUUUGUAGACGUAACUAUAUCAGGAAGGAAUAUCCCGAAUGAGUGGAAAUCAUCAACACGGGAUAUAUUCUUCUACCCACUAUCAGAACCAAUGCCUUACCAAGAACCCCUCAAAGAACAACAGUCCAUGCCCGUUAGCCCUCGCGCACUCGAAUGCCCAACACCACUAUCCUACCAAAUCGACAUCCACCUCCUCAACGGCCCAUGCCUCAUCCUGCACCAACCCAUCCCACUAACCAUCACAAUCACCAAAAUCGGAGAACCAAACUGCCUCAUCUGUCUGAAUGAUUUUCAAACCAUGCUUGUCGAAACCACACACGUCCAAACACAGGGCGUGACGGAAUCAUUCACCCGUUUCUGGGUUGUGCAGAGCACGGCUAAUAUGAAUAUCGGGAUUGAUAUGGAUAAUGCACCGAGUGGGUCGAUUAUAACGCUCCCGGAUGGGUUGUGGGCGUCACAGCCUCUGCCGGCCAUGUUGACGCCGAGUUUUGAGAUUUGUAAUAUCAAGCGGAGUUAUAAAUUGCAGAUUCGGCUGGGGUUGAGGUUGGGGUUGUAUCAAACGCUUGUUCGAGACUUUCAUUUUCCGGUCUACGUUAUGGCUCCGAAUUCGACGGGUUUUGAGUCAUAUGAGAGGGAACCGUCGAUUGAUUUGAUUGACUUUAAGUGA